AUGACGGGAGAGACGGAAGGAUGUUGUCUGUUGAGCGAGAUAGAAGGAAAGGAAAGAGCGACGGAGCCGGAGCGUAGUACGCAGGUGUAUCAUGUAUACGUGUCGGUCAAGUUGGACAAGUCUUGGGCCAUGCUGCCGGAGCGGUUGUUUGCGGCGGACGAGUGAGUUGUGUCGUAUGUAUGUGAGGGCGAGUACACGGUAAAAUGGUGAUGUAGUCGGAGGAUAUGGGAAAGAUGGGGGAAGGUGACGAUAUAACGUGGGGGAGGAUCGUGUUGAUUUUUUUUUCCUUUUCCUUUUCUUAUUUUCCCCCUUCUUUCCUUCUUUUGGCCUAUUCUAGCGAGUCGUCAAGGAUAAGGUACCAAGAGUCAAGGGGUGGAAUGUUCCGAAGCCACAUGGCGAGAUUAGGUGAGACCCUG